UAGUAUACCUUGCCUUUUAAGGACACUCAUUUUCUACCUCUAUUUUCCUUUCUUCUUCACUUUCUGAACUCUCUAAGCAGCACCUCUCUCUAUAUUCUCUCCCUAAGCUGAAUCCUACUUCAUAAUCAGAGGGCAUGCCUGAAUGUCCAGAGAAAGGGAGAGAUUUGAUGAGAUAGGGAAGAAGAUCAAAAGGGAAGGAGAUGUUUCUUCUCAAAUGGGAAGAAGACACAUGUUAGGCCCUCCUGGAACCCUAAAUACCAUCACCCCUUGUGCAGCAUGUAAGUUGUUGAGAAGAAGAUGUGCCCAAGAAUGUCCCUUUUCACCAUAUUUCUCUCCCCAUGAGCCUCAAAAGUUUGCUUCAGUCCACAAAGUUUUUGGUGCCAGCAACGUCUCAAAGAUGCUCAUGGAAGUACCAGAGUGUCAGAGAGCCGAUGCAGCAAAUAGUCUAGUUUAUGAAGCUAAUGUGAGGCUAAGAGAUCCUGUGUAUGGAUGCAUGGGUGCAAUUUCUGGUUUGCAGCAACAAGUUCAAUCUUUACAAGCUGAACUUAACGUAGUGAAGGCUGAAAUACUUAAAUACAAACUCAGGGAAGCUCACAUGAUACCCUCCUCUCAUGUUGCAAUGCUUCCUUCAUCUGGGGUUGUUUCAAUCGCUGCUCCACCUCCACCACCUCCUCCACCACCACCACUUCCACCUCCUUCUAUUCCUCAAACUUCUUCCUCUUCUUCCAUGUACAUCCAACUCAGAGAUCCCACCACUUACACCACAAUUUCAAGUGAUAAUAUCUCCUAUUUUGGUUAAACUUGCAGCCUAAUAAAAACAAUUAUUCCAUUUUUUUCUCUCUUAAUUAUCAUCAUGCAUCAAGGUGGAAUAAAGUGAGUUAAGAAAAAGGAGAGUAUUCAUACUGAAUGUUGUUAAUUA